CUAACCGCCAACAGUCCCUUCCUGUCAUUUUAAACUGGGAUAAGCCAUCUGUCAGCAUCCUCAUCUCUACAAGGGCAACACCAUGCUCCUUCCCUUCCUUGGGACAACGACAGCAUCCAACCUGAGGAUAAAGUGAUUGGAAAUUUUGGGAGGGGGAAACGGUCGUCUCAUCUUGUUCACAGUCUACUGAGACAAACCACCAGAAAUGGAGCAACAAAAAAAGACGGUCUCCAUCCCCAUGAUGCCCCUGGCACAGCAGCCGGAACCCUUUGCACCAGGAUAUUCAUCACCAUACCCACCACAGUCAUCAUACAACCCAGAACCUUACGCCCAGGAACCCUAUGCACCAGAUCCAUUCUGGCCAGAACCUUCUGCUUCAUCAGAUGGCUAUGGCUACUAUGGAAAAAGCGGCGAUGGCUGCGACUGUCCUUCUCCACCACCAUAUUCAUGUCAAGAUGUCCCUUGUGAUCAAGUAGGACCAAUUGAAAUGGACUGUGGUCCUCCGGUCGUGGUUGCGGGAAUCUUCUCGAGCAAGCCAGCGUCCACCAUUUGCCCUUGCUGCCGCCAGAUCAUUUCGACGGAGGUGGUCUAUCGUGUGGGAUCUCUGACAUACAUAGCUUGCAGUGCUGUGUGUAUGCUGGGAGGCUGCUUUGGCUGCUGCCUCAUACCAUUCAUGACGAAGUGUUGCAAGGACGUAGACCAUUACUGCCCUCAAUGCAGGUACCACAUCUACCGAUACAAGAGACUAUAGACGCCUGGAAGAAAAGCCAUUUGAGGCAAACUUGCAGGAAAUCAAGCUGGAAGAGAAUCUCCUUCGGUGAAUUCAUGCAUUGACUCUUGUGACUGUUCCGGGUGCAGAAUUGCUCAGCAGUUUCCCACUCCUGCCAGCUUUUCAGUUAAGCUUGCCUGGAAUGUAGUUGCUGCAGCCACUUUGCCCCUGCUGACCCCAGAAGGAUGAAGCAGGAAGAGGCUGUUGGUAGGUUGGUCAACAGCUUGUAUGCAGAACCUCUUGGCUUUUUGCCUGGGCUUUGGAAUCAGGCAUCCCUUGAUUUCAUACUUGCCUUGCAUCCUUGUUAGCCUUAUUCCAGGCAUCCCCAAACUUUGGCCCUUCAGAUGUUUUGGACUACAAUUCCCAUCAUCCCUGACCACUGGUCCUGUUAGCUAGGGAUCAUGGGAGUUGUAGGCCAAAACAUCUGGAGGGCCAAAGUUUGGGGAUGCCUGCCUUAUUCCCUGAAUCAGAAAUAAACAGUAAAUUGCAAGAACUCGGGCCAGGAGGAAGAUGAAUUUCAAGUAAAUCUUCAAAAGGUUUUAUUUAUGUAAUGAUUAAUUCAAAUAGGAAUCAAUUCUAUACCAAGCAAACAUACUUGGUACACUCUGACCAUUAAAACAUUGGUAAGCUACCUCUGUCUAUUAUAAGCGAUAUAACUUCGUAUUUAGAAAACAACAUGUAUUUUUGGUGUAAGGACAAUUACUUUAAGAUGUUUUAUCAUUUAAAACAUAGACAAGCUACCUCUGUCUAUUAUAAGCGAUUUAACUGUGUGUUUAGAAAACAGAAUGUAAUUUUGGUGUAAGGAUAGUUAUUCUUAGAUAUACCUUCAAUGUUCAUUUAAACAUAGUUAUCUCUGUCUUUUGCAAACGAUAAAACUUUGUGUUUAGAAACCUGAACGUAUUUUUGUUAUAAGGAUAAUUACUCUAAUAUUUCUAAUGUUCAAUUUUUCAACAUUCCAGCUGAUGAAGAAUUGUUGAAACAGGGCCUUGUCCUGCCUGGGAUUUUUUCACUGGAAUUUAUUUUUAUUUGCCUAUUAUACUGGAAUUGAUUCCUAUUUGAAUUCAUCAUUACAUAAAUCAAACCUUUUGAAGAUUUACUUGAAAUUCAUCUUCCUCCUGGCCCAAGUUCUUGCAAUUUACUGUUUAUUUCUGGACUUCACCAAGAACUCAAAUUUCUAGAGUUAUUCCCUGAACCAAGCACAGCCAUUCUUAGCCUGUGGCCUGGUUGAUCAUGCACAAACUCCCAAUUCAGAAAUUGCACAAGAAUCUUCUGCACCCAUUUCCCCGAAGUUCAUUUUAGAACUCCACCUGCCCCAUGAAACUCUCCCCAGGCCACACCUCUCACCAGCAUUGCUUCAUUCCCCCUUUUUUUGCCUGGCUGGAAUAUGUCCUUGAAAUCCUUAUUUAUUUAUUUGUCUGAAUGGAUCAGAGAGGGGUGUGGGUUUAUAAAAAAUUAGACUACUGUACAAAGACUUGUUGAUCUGCCAAUUUUGCUGCUGUCCCUAGCCACUGCUGCCAUGUGGCCCUUACGAGGUUGUCUCUUAAGGAAUGUGGCCCUUCAGCUGAAAAGGGUCUAAGCUUAGCAAAACACUUUUCUUCCAUUCUCUCCCAGCCUUUUUGCAUAUUGGAAAUGGACGGUGAAAGGUUUUAGGAAGUUUACAAGAAGUUGUGACUAAUUA